AUGCACACGGGAGAGCGGGAGUUGCGCGCCGCGAUGUUCCCCGAAUUGCCGAUGCUAGAUAAACGAGCGUCGCGUCGAGUCGCACGUACCGGUAGCGGAAGUGCGACCGGGCCCAAUAAUCACCGGAACGGCGAGAGUUCGGUGGUGGCGAGACGGGCUCGUCGCAGUCACCCGAAGGCUUGGGCCUCUCACUGCCAUCCGACGUUGGUCCUCCGAUCCUUAAAGGCGCCCAGUCAGAGGCAGCGUGCCGGAAUGUCGGGGAAAGAAGAUCCGCAGGACGCGUCGGAGCGGGAUGAUGCUCAAGAUGAAAUCGCAGAAAUCAUAGAAACAGCAGAAAGCAGCGAUGAGACGAGCACGAUAGAAGAAUCGGAUUCAGAGCUGUUGGAAAAAUCGUCUACGAAGGGAGGGUCGGAGGAGGAACGAGAGGAAAUUAAGGAGAAGGAAGAAAUAAGGGAGAUAGAACGAGAGGAAAUUGAGGAGGAAGAAGCAACGGAAACGCCGAGUCCUCAAAAAGAGACGCAAAAAGAAGAAACGUCGGCCUCAGAGCUGGCGACCGUCACGAGAAGCGCGUCGUCGGACGACGGCGUGCCGGUGUCGGGGGUGGUCGCGAGGCAGGCGGAACCGGGUGUUGGUGUGCCAUCGGCAACUACCUCCGUCGGCGACGGAGACGGAGAGCGGCGUCACGUCAGCGGCGGUGCCAACGCGGUAGUCGGUGAGUGGAAUUCAUUGCCGGUACUGGUAGAACGUCUGCGCGAGGCGCUCGAGCGUUCCCUGACAGCGGGUGGCCGGCGAGGCGGCGACGAGCCGACGGCGACGUCGCGCGCCGCGCCCGGCGAGGGGGCCGGUGACCGGAUCUGCGUGCGCCGUUCCAUGGAACAGGCGUUACUCGGCGGCGACGGUUGCGACCACGACGUGCCCGUGUCCAGAAGGGACGAGCUCAAGUUCCUGGAGGAUCUGCUGCUGUCGGACAUCCAGACCGCGCUCUCUCGUUUACGCGAGACUCUCGAGCGUACGGACGUCGCGACGCUCGCGAAGCACGGCGGGGUGUCGGAUCCCACGAGCAAGCUACACCUCCUGCGACUGGUGUCGAGCCUAUUGUCGCGGCUGCAGGUGCCGGCGGAGGAGAAGGAGUCAACGGGUAACAACGAAGGCAGAACGAUCGACGUCACAGCGUGGCAGAGUGGUGGCGUGCCGCCCGGACGAAGACGGCGUCCCGUCAGACACACCAUCGGCGUCUCCGCCGAGGAGAUCGCGCACGCGAGAAGGCAGCUGGAAGAGAGCAGCGCGGAUCUGGUGAGAUUGAACGACCAGAUAUUCGCGACUGAACGACCGGAACCGCUGCUGCCCGCGUUACGUAACGUGACGAGCGGUGAGAAGCCGCACGUCGAGGAGAUCCACGACAAGUACACAAAGGACGUGAUUAAUCAGCGUCAAUCGUUCCUUGACAAGAAUAAGGAUAGCGUAUAUCGACCGCUGGUUCCGCCGCAGAUUAAUUACGUAGAUCGGCCGGUGGUCGCGACCGGAACGGCGGAUGACUCGAACACCCAUCAGACUCAUCCUCAAGGUGGCGUUGAUGGUUACCAAGAGAAGGUGACUGACGACGAGGAAGCUGCGAUCAAGAGGGCGAGCGAGGAGCAAAGUCGGGUAACGAAACUCGCGGCGGUGCUUCGGCAACGCGCAGAACUGAUCAGCGCCGGCAAAUGCAACAACAACAACAACAAUAAGUUUGCGGCGAAAAAGUCAAAGAUCAAACGUGCUAAUACCAUCGACAUACCAAGCUAUCUUAAGCUACAGGCCGAGAGCCUCGGCUACGACAAUCCCGGUUGCGUACUUCUGCGACGUCCCAUCAACGUGGGCGACAAGAUCAACGCGAAUGCGUCCAAUCUCGGUGUGCCGUCGUUUCAUCCUAGAACGGAGAACGACAAGAAGUUCCUGGCGCUGAUUAGCCGAAAUAACGAGACGCAGGCGUACAACGCCACGCCCGGUUUCGUCAAGUCCUUCGGCUACACCAAGGCGACGGACAUGUCGUCGUUGACGAACGAGAAUUGGAACAGUCGGUUCUCGAAUAUCAAGACCGCCUUCGAUAAGCCCUCAUCUAUUACGAAUGACGGCGAGAAAUUAUCACCCAGGCUGCAAAGCGUCGCGAAACGUUUUCUAGAUACACCCCAAACGUCUCCUCAGGCUUCCGUAGGUCCCAAAAAGACACCUUUCGGCGAUGGUAUGGCACAUAACAAUUCUCCAUUCGCGAAUGCGAAUGCAUCGCAGUCAGAUGCGGGCUUCAAACAUGCGCCUUCGUCGCUGUUUCGGAAGAUUGAAAAACCGCAUGUCCCACCAAAGUCCCCACCUGGCCACUGGCAGAAGAACAAUGCGCCACCUGCCGGAAAUUCCUUACGCGAGAAAGCCAAGAUGUUCGAUAGGGACAGCAACGUUCAAGCCCAGCAGCCAUUGUGGCUUAACGCGAACGAGAACACCCAGAAGUCCGCCUUUCCACGGCCACCCUGGCUCGAACACGAUAGAAACGAAAACAAGUCGAACAACAUGGUCACCGAGAACGGACGGCUCGAUUAUCGCCAGUUCUGUAAACAAUUUGCACCCUUUAUCGGCAAGAAUGCCGCUCCAGAGACCAAAGGCAUUGAGGAAUCUCGCAAACGUAACGAACACGUGAAUGUGCAUCGCAAGAACUUGGCGCCGGCGAACGAGAAGCUUGGUGUUGUAGAUGGAAAGAUUUCCUUCAGAAUGUUCCCCGAGAAAGGACCACAGGUCCAAUAUCGUCCAAGUCAGCCGCAUCACACGGCUGAGGAACCAAUUCGAGACAAAUUUGAUUUUCGCGGCGAGAAGGAUGUCUUUGAACAGCCAGAUACCGUAUGUAAUAAUAAGGACUCGUUCGGAAUUGCAUUCAUAGAAAACGCACCGGUCGACGCGACUCUCAGAGGUAGUUCGUCCGUGGCCAUACAGACUGGUGUCAACGGCGAUAAUUAUCCCGUGGAGGCACGCGUGUUUCGAGUUGUUCCCAAGGUCGCGAAAGGACCGCCGUCUACGUACAACAACGCAUCUGUUCAGACCCACGACGAACCAACAGUGGAAGUCAAGGAACCCUGGAUGCCCCCUCGAUACGACGAUACCGCUUCGACGUUAGAUUUGAAUUAUCGUCCAGCCGAAGAUCCGAGUCAUUUUAUUCUGGAUCAGAAUCGAAAUUAUGACGUCGCUUCGCGAAACGAAGUCCUGCCCUUAACGAACAAGAACGCGUGCGAUCUCGUCAAGGAAGACGCCAUUCGCGUGCCAUAUCCGACGGAGAAACUUCCUUUCCAGGCGAUUUCUGAGCAUCGAUCACCGAAACCGACCUUUCAAACGAGUCCGCGAUGCGAAAAUUCUUUCCUCUUUCCUAAACCGGCAAUCGAUAAUCGAUCGCAAUAUCCAAACUAUAUCCCGUACGUUAAACCCAACACAGAUCCGUUCGAGGAACGAAUAUCAAGCGCACCGCAAGAAGUCGACAAGGAAGAUCCUCCAUGUAUGAGCGAUGGUGUCCUGCCGGAAGAAGAGAACAUCCAAAAUCAGGAUAUCAGUGCGGACGCUGGUGUAGUCACGCGAUACACUUGCGCGAUCGCAACUGUCGCGUCCGCUGACGUUCCAAUGACGCUCAAUAUCCCCGAUACCAGACCGGAAUCUGGAUCGUCACCAUCCUUAUCACCCUCACAGCUCUGGUCGCAGCCCAAGUCGAUCGACAGUGAAACCACCACGACCGAGGACGACGAGAUACGACGACAUAACAUGUUGCAGCAGAGUCUGGUCCGUCGAUUGCAGAACGAGCGAACGACGCUGAACGAUCAUUAUGUGCCUACGACCGUCAAUCAAUCCACCAGUUGUAAUCAACCAAGCGGUUAUAGUCAGCCUCUGAGAUUUCAACCACCCGAGAUGCCGAAAAGACCAGAAUUGCCGAGAAAAUCGGAACUACCGAAGAAACUGGAACCGCCGAGAAGACAGGAACCGUCGAAAAGGCAGCAACCGCCAAGGAGAUUGGAGCCACCGACAGUUGUCACCGGUUUGCUGUCGGUAGCACCGUCCUCCGGAUUCAGCGCGAAGAACCGGAUCACCGCCCUCCGAGAACAGUACGAGCAACCGAGCGGCCAAACGAAACCCAUCCAAAAGGAACGCUCGCCAAUUCCGAACGGCGCCAGCGGCAGGAUGGACUCCAGCGACGAGUAUCUCGUGUCCUGCACCAACAAGCCGUCCAGAUCCAUCGUCCUGUCAAAGUCCGAGUCGUGGCAUCAGCUGGCACUGUCUAAGGGUCAUCACGCGUCCCCCUCGCGUCCGUCACAAGGUAAUUUACCGCCGCAACCCUUCGCCAACGUCGGAUCCUACCCUCCAAAACCGCCCAAGCCAAAGUCACCGUCGUCCUUUAAGAUGAAAAAACAGUACGAGGCGUCCUCGGACAGCGUGAAAAAGAUGGAGGACAAGAUACGCAGGUAUUUCGACAAUCCGGCCGGUGAUAACGCCGCGGAAACGCGGGACUCCAAGGGCAGGCGCUUCUCGUCGCGCGACUCAGUGAAGAAGGGUGGCUUGAUCGGCCUGUCCAGAAGUCGCACCAUGCCAGGAAUAUGCGACGACAGUCUGCGCCUGACGAUACCUGCGGUAUCACAGAUUUCCGUGGGCAGUCUCAACAGCGCCGACGUGGACAAAGUGUUCGACGACAUCUUCGAAGAGGCUACGAAGGCCGACGAUCAUCGUUUCUGAUCGGCCAGUGUUUCUCGUGUCGUAGUACCCGUCGGUACGACGUACACUUGGGAAAUUUGGUGGCGGUAAAAGUGACAUCCGGGACGUUCGCGAGUACCCUUUUCACGGCGACAUGUCUCGCGCUGCGAACAUCAUAAUGAAAACACCUCUGCGAUCGCCGCAAAUGCAUUGUGUAAUUGGCCAAAGGUGGAUCGCUAAGCUGCGAUUUUGUUUACUUUAAUUCACGUGCCUUGUCAAUUGCCGUGGUCAUCCAGGACGACGCAUCAUCGCACACGUAGUCGGUUAAUCAGACUGUUAUUUACGUUGGGAAUUAAUAUACGAUUGUAUUUCGUUUACAUAAGACUACACAAUUUCACGUAAAUAUUAACUAAGCUUCAAGGUCAACUCA